GUCGGGGUGCACACGGAAGCAGCGAAUAGGUCAUCGCACGGAAGUCGAGAUUAGUCAGUCCCCUCCUGCAGGCAUUUUGCACACGCUCGCUUCCACUCAUACUCGACUCAACAUUCCAAGGGCCGGAUCCAUCUACUGACUAGUGACUACUCGUCUCUCAUCGUCUCUUCUCUUCGACACUGCUUCUUGGUAAGUGCGGUCGCCUGCUACCUGGCAAGUACCUUGCGUAGCGUCCUGCGAGACACCGCAUCACAGCAAACGUCAUCAUGUACGCCUGCAGCCGAUUCAUUGCGCCCAUCGCUAAAUCCACCCUGGUCUCUGGCACCAAGACCUAUCUGCGGCCGCUGAGCAGUGCAGCAAUCAGCCAUAGCCAGUACUUACAGCAGAAUCAAAUUCAGACGCCCGUCAGUUUGUCACCUAUUGUGCGUAGCUUCCAAACUUCCACAAUCAGUCGUGACAUCGAUUCCGCUGCGAAGUUUAUUGGUGCUGGUGCUGCUACCGUAGGGGUAGCAGGAUCUGGUGCUGGAAUUGGAUCCGUAUUCGGUUCACUGAUCAUUGGCUACGCCAGGAAUCCUUCCUUGAAGCAACAACUAUUCUCGUAUGCCAUCUUAGGCUUUGCCUUGUCUGAGGCCAUGGGUCUAUUUUGUCUUAUGAUGGCUUUCCUGCUCCUAUUCGCCUUUUAAGUUACGAUAUCCGCAUAAGAUACUGCUGAUAUAGUUUUUAGUGCGUCACUGCCAAGGCAACGUCGUCUGGCUCUAUGUGGGAAAGGCGGCGACUGUCUGGUUGCGCGGGAUGCCAUGAAAUCAUUAGAGAAGCUCGGAUUUUUUAUGGUUUGGCAGGGCGCGACGGCGCGACAAUGAACAUGAAAUGAUUGAAACUGUAACACGUCAUUGUGCGGAUCGUCUGUGACUCUGUCUAAGCCUUCAGCUUGUUUAUAAUUAUUUCAUGGCCUACUGUCUCAUGUAGCGUAUAACUCACAUUGUUAAGAAAUAAUGGAUUUCAUUGUAAUGAAUGAAUAAGAAAUUGAAAGUUAAAAUUACGAAAAAAAGCGACACAGUCACCCGCAUACACGCACGUAUGUACUCUGUUAGAGUGUCCUAUGUGACAGUACAUUUUUUGAUGAUCUUUUUGUCAUCCAAAGAAUUCAUUGUGCUGCCGUGUACGCACGUUAUGGAAGUAAUUCUCGACGAGAAAAGAAGAAAAACUGUACAGUAAUACCGAAUAAACAUCUUUGUCGUGAAACCAUA